CCCAAAUGCACCCUCACUCCUCUUCGUCUUCUUCUCUCCCUCCACAACCCAUGAAAAGCAGAAACAACAAACCAACCACCCAAAACACACAGACCCGUCUCCAUCCAUCUCUCCUCAAACAAAACAAAACCGCCUCCUACCCACCAUUUCUGACCCCAUUCUGAGACACAACCCAGAGAUCAGAAAAAUGUGUUAUGUGGGUAAAGCGACCAAGAUCUUCAUCUUCAUCAUCACAGUUCUUGUGGUCACCGGCCUUGUCUUGGGAUUUGGGCUUCUAAGGCAUGCCGUACAGAAAUCUCAUAAAUGCUCCGGCGACUCUUGCCGGGAUUCCUCCAGAGUUUUCCCCGAUCCCAACCCUGUUAAUCCCUUCUCUAAUCCAAGUCCCAACCCAAGUUCAAGCCCAAGCCUAAGCCCACCUCCACCUCCACCUCCACCGCCACCUAACUCAAACCCUAGCUCAAAUCCGAGCCCUCCGCUACCGCUACCGCCACCGCCUCCAUCUCCUCCUUUGCCUCCACCACCGCCGCCGGUUGUUGCAACGGCUCCACUGCCAUUGAUCAGUCCUCCGAGCCCAGUGUUGGUCACUCCAGGUCCCGUGCAUUCUUAAUUGAUCCGUUGUUUUUAUAUUUUUUCAAUGAUUUUUUCUCCUUGUUUGGAUAAUUCUUAGAUGGGUUUUUUUUUUUGUAUAGAUCAGAUGGAUUAGUGCUGUUCAUUAAUUCUCUGGAUUAGAGCAGGGGAAGUAACGUUUUAUUAUCUCAGUACAAUUGUGUGGUGUGAUAGUUGAUUUUGCGACAUUUGAAUUUGUAUCGAGUACUAAUCGAUCUUAAUUGACUGAAUUAAUUAUGAC